AUGGUCGAGGUUAUUUCGAAGAAGAACGAGGCAAUUGAGUUCAAGACACUACCGGUGGAAUCGAUCAAAAAUCUCAAAGUAAGAUUCUGA